AUGUGGUUCGGCGAAUGGCGUCCGGACUACCCCAUCUCUAUCACCAUGGUACGAAACAAGCCAGCUUUACUUGAUGACGAUUCACCGUCGUCUGGUCUGCCCUACCGGCCAAGUCCGAACACCAGUUCAUUUUCCCAAACUAUGGAGCCAUUCAAGCCCGUCCAAAUCCACGCUAUUUUAUCCUGGCAUAUGCUCUGCAAAAGAAAUACACUAGCUCUUACUGCCCUUGUAUUUUCUUUCCCACCUUGUUCCAUGCUUGGAUUCGUCCUGAGCUGUCGCCCAGUGCUUGAUCAAGAGCAACGAGUCAAACGGAGUGGUUCGUGGGUUUUUAUUACUAUUGCCAUGGAGUGUAUAUCUGAUUUUAGUGGAUGUGGUCCGGUCAAUAUCAACUUGUUUCCAGCCAGCGCAGACCGGUGUAAUAUCCAGGGCUAUUAA